AUGCCUCUCCUCUUGCUGCUGCUCCUGCUGCCAGGCCUGUCGUACCCCCAGGAGGUCUGUGAAGUCUCCCAGGUGUCCAUCCUGAUGGAAGUGAACUGUGACAACCGGGGCCUGAAGGUGCUGCCCUCGGAUCUGCCAGGAGACACAGCCAUCCUCCACCUGAGCGCGAACCCCCUGGGCGCCUUCUCCACAGCGUCCGUGCAGUCUCUGACCCGGCUGGCGCGGCUGUACCUGCGUCAGAGCCAGCUAACCCGCCUGCAGCUGGAGGGAACGCUGCCUCGGCUGGAGAAGCUGGUCAUGUCCCACAAUAAGCUGAAGAGCCUGCCCUUGCUGGGACAGGCACUGCCGGCCCUCACCGUCCUGGACGUCUCCUUCAACGAGCUGACAUCGCUGUCUCCCAGCGUUCUGAGCGGCCUGGGCGGGCUCCAUGAGCUCUACCUGCGUGGCAACAAGCUCAAGACUGUGCCCCCAGGGCUCCUGCGGCCCGUGCCCCAGCUGGAGAAGCUCAGCCUGGCCGACAACAAGCUGAAUGAGCUGCCCCUAGGGCUCCUGGAUGGGUUGGGGAACCUGGACACCCUCUACCUCCAAGGGAACUGGCUGCGCUCCAUACCCAAGGGCUUCUUUGGGAACGUCUCCCUGAUUUUCACUUUUCUCCACAACAACCCCUGGUCCUGCGACUGUGAGAUCCUCUAUUUUGCUCGCUGGCUGGAUAGAAACUCCGACAAGGUCUACUUGUUCAAGGAGGGUGUAGGCGACAAGGCCAUGACUCCCAACGUGGAGAGCGUGCGAUGCGUCAACCUGGCCAACACACCCGUCUACACCUACCCAGGAAAGGGCUGCCCCAGUCUUGGGGAUGAGGAUGACCUAAGCUACGAUGACUAUGAGAACGAGGAAGAGGUGGAAAAGGUCUCUGCCAUGCGGGCUGUGGUCAAGUUCUCCACCAACACCAGAGCCCACACAACCCAGUGGGCCCCAACGCACUCAGCAUCUGAGGCUUCCCCACACCGCCACGUGCCCCAUCUGCCUUCCACCCUCGCGUCUGUGAAGAACCAGAGCCUGUUCCCAACCGCGCCCCGCCCCCCACCACCCACCACCCUAAAGCUCACCAUGUCCCACCCCACACCCUCCACCACACCCCCCACCACCCUGAAGCCCACCAUGCCCCGGCCCAUGACCUCAACCACCUCAGGGUUCAUCACUUCUAACAUGCCCCCGACCGCCCCAGAGCCUACGACGACCUCCACCAUGGCCCCCACCACCCCACAGCCCCCCAUCACAAUUCCGACCACCCCAGGGCUCAACACAACUUCUACCACACCCCUGACCACCCCAGAGCCUACAACGACCUCCACCAUGGCCCCCACCACCCCUCAGCCCCCCAUCACAAUUCCGACCACCCCAGGGCUCAGCACUUCUACCACGCCCCCAACCACCCCAGAGCCUACUACGACCUCCACCACGCCCCCGACCACCCCAGAGCCCACAACGACUCUAUUUCUCUCUGAACUGACCACAUUCUUUGAGAUCCCAAAAUUAACCUCACUCCCUACCAUUUUGGGAUACCCGAUAAGCCCCUCAUCUGUCCACCUCCCAGGGGCCCACGAGGUGGUUCGAGGGAAUCUGGAGAGCUCCAGAAACGACCCUUUGUUCAACCCUGACUUUUGCUGUCUCCUCCCCCUGGCCUUCUAUGUUCUGGGUCUCCUCUGGCUUCUGUUUGCCUCUGUGGUCCUGAUCGCGCUGCUGGCCUGGGCCCGGGACGCGGAGUCACGGGCCCUGGCCACGGCCACACACACAACACAUCUGGAGCUUCAGAGGGGAAAGCAAGUGACUGUGCCCUGGGCCUGGCUGCUUUUCUUUCAAGGGUCCCUCCCUACUUUCCGCUCCAGCCUCUUCCUGUGGGUACGGGCUAACGGCCACAUAGGGCCUCUGCGGGCAGGACGGCGGCCCUCGGCCCUGAGUCUGGGUCGGGGUCAGGACCUGCUGGGCACAGUGGGCACUAGGUACGCAGGCCACAGCCUCUGA